AUGGAUGCCAAAUACUACGACCUCAACGUGCCUCGUGCAGCUGCCUCUCCGGAACUCCUCGCCCGUCUCCUUGAUUGUGACUACCUCUACGCUGCCAUUGCCACUACUGUGCGUAUCGAUGACUUUAAUUUUGCCAAUGUGAACAAAUCUGCAAAGGAAGAUAGGCAGCAGAUGCGCGCUUCUCUCACUAAACAACUAACACCCCUCACAGCUUCGGAACUUACAACUCUCCUCCAAAAUAGCGAAAAGUUCCGGUCAUCUUCAUCGAAUAAAUUUCCUGCUCUAUCUCCACCACGCCUUUUUAAUCGCCUUACUCUUACCUGUGCAGACCCUGAUUUGGCAAGUCUCUUUUUCAAAGAAUUUUCCGAUCGCAUCCGCACUUUUGAUGUCGUUGCUUUCGAACCACUCUCCUCAGCGGCAUUAACUUACAUUAUUGAAAGUCCCAAUUCACCUCCUAUAGACUUAAUUACUGCAAAUGUAGCCCAUCUACCUUCUGUCAAUGAAUUCCGACCAUCAAGUAAGCAUUGUGCUCAGUGCCUCCGCCAAGGAGUCUACAUUGAAAUUCCUCUUUCCCCCGCACUUUUCCGCUCAGGCCUUCCGCCUACAAACCGAAUUGGUUUGGCAAGUUUGUUGACCCAUCUAGAUUCGGUGUGCCAAUUCCACUUUCCGCGACUUCUAGUGGUUUCUAGUGGUGCGCAGACUGGAUGGGAGAUCCGACGUCCGCAAGCUGUGGCCUCGGUACUCAGUGCCAUUUGCUCCACAAUCGCGAAAGGAGGCGCUCCAUUGGUGAUGCAGCAAACCAACCCCUGGCAGGCUUUGUCUCGUGGGUUGGCUCGGCGCAGAACCAAAACGGCCCACGGGGCAGCCAUCCUCCUCCGACUCCUGGCAGACCCCUCAGUAACAGAAGUGACAAAGCUUCCCACUGCAAAUGAAGGGGAGACAGCCAAUGAAGAAACAGCCUCAUCGCCGACUAAAGUGGAGUUAGGUAAUCCUUCUAUUGGUCAACCAUCUACAGCAGCUGAAUCGAAGCGACCACGAUUUUCAAAAAAUAAGAGAAAGAGGGAGCUGUCAAAGUCAUUGCCAUCCCGAGGUUCCGGUGUAAAAGUUGACAACGUUACGGUGGACUUAGAGGACAUUGCUUCUCCAAUGAAAAAAAAUAUCCGCUCAUAA